AUGGCAACUGUGGUUCAGCAUACUUCUGCAAACAUUCUUGACACAGCCUCGCUGCCGGCAAAUGUCGAUAAAGUAGUUGAGUCUGUGACCAAUGCAACAAAACGAUUGUCGCAGAUCUCUACAAACACAAAUUCGUCAGCCAAGAAAAGACGGGCCCAAAACAAGAUUGGUCCUUGGAAACUUGGGCGCACACUAGGCCGUGGAUCGACGGGACGUGUUCGCUUGGCGAAAAAUGUGCACACAGGCAAGUUGGCGGCGGUGAAAAUCGUACCCAAACUGAAUUUCAAGAAACUUGAAAACCCAAAGUACAAGAACAACGAUGCCGCUCGUCUCCCAUACGGCAUAGAACGUGAGAUUAUCAUCAUGAAGCUCAUUGCUCAUCCGAACAUCAUGGGCUUGUACGAUGUUUGGGAGAAUAAGAAUGACCUUUACCUCAUCUUAGAGUAUAUUGAAGGUGGAGAAUUAUUCGACUAUCUCAUCAAAAGGGGCAAACUACUGGAGUUCGAGGCUGUCAGCUAUUUCAAACAAAUCAUUCGCGGGAUUGCGUACUUGCAUCAGUUUAACAUCUGCCAUCGUGAUUUGAAACCUGAGAACUUGUUGUUGGACUUCAACAAGAAUAUCAAGAUUGCAGAUUUUGGAAUGGCUGCUUUAGAAAUCGACAAGAAACUUCUAGAAACUUCUUGCGGCUCACCCCAUUACGCUUCUCCGGAAAUUGUGGCGGGUGAAAACUACCACGGUGCCCCCUCGGACAUCUGGUCCUGUGGAAUUAUUUUGUUUGCACUCCUUACGGGCCACUUGCCAUUUGAUGACGAGAAUAUCAGAAAGUUGCUCAUGAAGGUGCAGAAUGGCAAGUUCAUCAUGCCGAAAGAUAUCUCUUGGGAGGCCAAGGACCUCAUUUCCAGAAUGUUGCAGGUAAACCCAAGGGACAGGAUCUCUAUUGAGAACAUUCUUUCGCAUCCACUCUUGACGAAAUACCCAGAUGUUCCGUCUGCUACCUCUGAUCAAACAUUCCUCACUCUGUCCAGCAUCAAGCCAAUCUCUUGCAUGGAUGAAAUCGACAAGGAAAUUUUAAGAAACUUGUGCAUACUCUUUCACAAUUGUCCCGAGGAACAAGUUCUGCGGCGUUUGUUGUCUCUGGAAAAGAACCCAGAGAAAAUGUUUUACUACCUACUCAUGAGGUACCGCGAUACACAUUCUUUCAAUUCGAGUACAACAAACUACAUUGACGAUGAUUCAGAUUUGACUGCUUCGGAAUCCAAGCACACACUACCCAAAUCGUCGUCCGCCACAAAGUCUUUCAGAAGUGAUGCUCGUUCAGAGUCUUCAAGUCCUGUUCACAGUAAGAAGAAAGCGCUCAGAAAUAUCACAAACGCGUCAUUUACGGCGUCUAACUCAUCCAAAAAAAUAACUACUCGCAAGAACGCUGUCAUCUCGAGAACUGCGUCUACUGUUACAUUGAAAGCAAAGAGUAGCAGGCCUUCCCUGAGCAAUCAAAUUUAUUCGACAAAGUCAAAGGAAACAAAGCCAAUAAGCAGAAAACUUACACCAGGAUUUAUCAAUGCGUCUUAUGUUGGUAUUACGGAGGAAGAGAAGGAAAAUUUUUCUCAAAAUGGCACUAUCUUGAAUUUCCAGCAGAUUUGCCAAGAUACUUUUGAUUCCAAUGUGAAAAGUCAGACAAAAACGGGUGUGCGUCAAGAAAAAAAUGGGAAGCACAGCAUUGAAGGUUUUGGAAAACUGAAAAUCAUCAACAGUCGUUCUAGCAAGGCUUCCUUGAAUCUUUCUGCUAUAGGCAAACCAAGCGUGGAAUACUCGGCUCAGACCGUAGAAGCCAAACUGACCAGUCAAUCCGCAUGCAAGAACCCGUCUUCAACCAAGUCUACCAUAAAGUUGAAAGACUUUGAUGAAGAGAAGAAAUGGCAGUCAAAACUUUUACAUGAGAAGCUGAAAGAGGCUUCGCAAAAGAUAUCUCAGAUCAAUUCCACCAGAAAUGUGUCUCUACCCGCACCAACGUCAUCUUUAGACCCUAGGGUAGGCAUCAACUCUUUAAUGAGAGCAAGGACUCUCAAUUCGCAUGCCAAGUCUGGUAAUUCUGUUGCAGAAAAAAACAGUAAGGUCUUGCAGAGAUUAGGCAUCAGUUUUAGUCCACAAGCUUCUCCGUCCUCAGUCAUAUCACGCUCUAGCUCUGUGAUAAAAACUUCUACGUCCAAGAACUUGGCUGGACUUCUUCAGAAAGAAAAUCUAAUAACAUCCAACUCAGCAGAACAUGAUGAUGGGGCCAUCCAACACACGAACGCUUCCUAUAAGAGAUCAUCAGCACAUUUGAAGUCUGAAGGACGGCAAAGCGUGCAGUAUUCCAUGCUCAAUGAUAUAAGUGAGAGAUCCCCAGCUGACUCUUCUCAGAUACAGUUCGAAAAUGAAAUUCAAAGGCAAUAUCAUGUGACUGAAGGAAGACGGUCUUUGAUCCCACGCCCAGAAUUUUCUAGAUCGUCUUUUUUUGACCUUCUUCAUUCUCAGCCGGAAUCAGCGAAUAUGAUGAUCAUGCAAAACACCAUGAGCUCUGGUACAGUGAAGAGAAAAAGCGGAAGGAAAUCACUUACCACGACGCAAGGUCAAGGUCAGAUCAGCCGGUCAAGUUCGAAGGACUUUCCUGGUUUGGGUCUCAGAUUGACGGAUACCGAGUCCAGAACGAAUUUGAACUCACACAAUGAUGAUGGUGAUAUGAAUUUUGUUUCCCUUAGCUCAUGUGAUUUCACUGAUUCUGUGCGUGGGUCUACAUUGGAAAAGAAUGCUACCAGUUUGGAGGAUAGUGUUGUUUCUGAAGACUCAACAAUGUCAGAGGAUUUCAACUUAACUGAUAAGUUGAUAAACAUGAACCAAAGUUUCAACCCUGAAGUGAACGGUAUGGAUGCAAGUUCUCAACAAGAAGGGUUGUCCGACUAUUACUUGAGCUCAGUUCUCGAUAAGUCUGGGCAAUCGACUUCACAUGACCAUCUGAAGGAUAACAACAUGGCAUCAAAAAGCACUCUUGUCGAUGAGGAAGCAGGUAGUUCGAUCAAAUCGAUGUACAAGUCUUAUGAAACCUUAUACCAAAGAGAUCAAGACAAGUCUACAGCUAAAGACACCUCAACCUUCGGCAAGCUGCACGAACAAUCUGAGUCUAGGAAUUCUUCGUUCAACGCCGCUGGUACACAUGCUAACAUCCUAGAUACAUCAACUUUAGAUGAAGAGUCACACUACCAAAAUUCCUCCCCCAAAAUUUCACGUCUCAGUCGGAGCAGGUUUCCACUGGCCGCAUUUGAUGUCACAUCCAAUACAGAGCACCUUGAAAUUGCUGGAGGUUCGUCUCUUUUAAAGGCGCGUCAUCAAGGCAGCACAAGCUCAUUGAGAAAGUCCACAGCAUCAACUCAGAUUUUCAGCUCAAUGGACGUACAUGCUAAAAUCAACUCGACGGGUACAGAGCCAAGCCGCAAUAACACGGUCAAGUAUGAGAAAAAAUCGCUUCCCAGCCCAUCUGUGCCGCAGGGAGAGCAUCUAGUCGAUAGCUUGAAGCCAAUGAGAGAGGCGCCUAAAGCACCAGAGCUUAAGGAAGGGAAACAGAACGGCCACGACAGAUUUUCUACAUUGACAGCGAAAUCAAAUGAUAAGCGUUUGCCCAGCAGCAACUCACCAAAGCAGUCAAACCCUGGUUGGUUUAAGAGAUUUUUCAUGUCAUUGUCAAAGAACAGAGAGGAGCCGAGUGGAGAGUCAGCUAAAAAAUCCGGUGACCGGAAAGUUCAUAUUGUGGAUACCAGCCUUCUGUCCUCAGAGUUAAUGAGGAUUAUCAAAAACCAGAUCACUCUAAAGCAGAUGGAAGGAACGGUUGCCAAUGUGGAUAUUGACGAGGAAUUUGCUCUUAUUUGCGGGAGUAUUCCCAGCAGGUUCGUCAGAGGUCGCAAAUUACACUUCAAAAUGGAGAUCAUCGACCUUGUGGACUUGUCGUCUCUCCAUUUGCUCCGAGUGAAAGGCUCUAAGAGCGGGUUUUCAAAUCUAGUAGACGUGGUGACGUUUGUCAUCAAACAAGAAGAGGAGGCUACGAACGUACGCAAGUCUACCGCGUAUGCCUUUGUUGGACAAAAGGUAUGAUGGGUCCUCCAGAACUACAAUACAAGAAAAGCCGCUCUUACAGAGUGCUCUCAAUAGGUAGAAUACAGUGUUUUCGUUUAAUAUUAAUAUAUUUGAGUGUCAU